AUGACCAUAAGGCGCACAGGUGGCGAUGGUGCAAAGGUCUCGCUUAUGAUCUACAUGCUUCUGUUUUGGACAUCAGGAUUAGCACUUCUGUUCAUUGGAUUGUGGAUGUUACUGGAUCCAAAACGCAAUUAUAUGUUACACUUGGUUGAUUUGUCUGAGGAUGAUCCAUUGCUGUUCAUGCUGUGCCUGUUCCUGUUAUUCCUGGCCGAUGUCAGUAUAGGAACACUGGUCUUAGUUUUCAGGAAUAAGUUCGCAAAUGGGCAACUUACCGUCUACAUGAAGAAUUUGGCUCUAAAUCGCUACAGUCGUGAUGCAUGGGUGAAACCACUGAUUGACACUAUUCAAUUUUAUCUGUACUCACCUGAUUCCAAAUUUGAAGAGUAUCUUCAAAACUUAAUCAAAUUUUCUUACGGAGUUCCCAUGGAAAUCGAAGAGAGUCGAAACGUCACAAGAAUGAUCGACAAGCUCCAAUUCUAUGAAGAAUGCUGCGGUGUCAAUUCGGGAGAUGACUACUUGGCCAGCCGAUGGGCUGCAGCGGUCGCAGCAGAUCCCAUUUACGAAUUCGAGGACCCACCACUCGUUCCAUUGUCAUGUUGUCGUCAACUUAUCGGCUCAUCAGCGCUUAACCCGAUUGCCAAAAGUAUGGCUCGGUGCCAGCAAAGCAAUACCAACAGGAAUUGGAGGCACACUACUCAGCAGUGUUGUGGUAGUAUCGGACCACGCGACUACUAUAACUCGUUUUGGUUCAUAACGAACACUGAUCGUGGCACGAGGUCCUUCGUGCCGCCGUCCUGCUGUCGCCAGUCGCAAGCUGGACGUGCGUGGUCACUGGUACCGAUCGAUCCCAUGUGUACUCUCUAUUACUACGAUUCACAAGCCUUCACUAGCUCUGUGUAUAAUAUUGUAAGUUAUUGCUAA